AUGGUUGAACCUGUCAUUAUGAGCAACCAGAAUAUUCCAAACGCAAGCAAACCUCCUAAAUUUAGUGGUCAGGGAGAGCCCCUCGCAGUAGCGGCCUUUAUGACCCGUAUAAGCAUACACCUACGCCGGUUCGAGUUCACAGAUGAUUAUGAGAAGAUCUUAUACUUUGCUGACUGCUUAACCGAGGGAGCAGCCCUCUGGUUCGAGGGUCUUACCGGAGAAUCACUACGUCAGGGCACGUUCAAUGAUUUUAUCGGACGAUUUAAACGCAAAUAUUACAGUGAACACCAGGUAGAUUCCAUCCUAACCCACUUACGCUACUGCAAACAACAGGGAUCAUUGGAAUCGUACAAUAAAGAGUACAAUGCUCUAUCAGCUGCAAUACCAGACGAACUACUAUCACCCAAGUGCAAGCAGUCAUUCUACUUGAGCGGACUAGAAAAAUCGUUGCAAAUAACGGUCAGAAAUCUGAGACCGGAUUUACUGGAGACCGCCAUGAUUUUAGCAUCCUCACCAAUGAGGACCGCCAGGUCCGACGAUUCCACAAGAAACAAAAUGGCACUUUAA